CACAGACAAGAGGGUUAUUCUUCCUGGAUUAUCGCCACUAUUUUAGCAUAUAUCAUAUUUAUUCCCAGCCAUGGAGUUGUCUGAAAUACUCUACAACAAAGCAGAGUACAUUGAAACGGCUUCCGGUAACAAAGUGAGCAGACAGUCUGUGCUGUGUGGGAGUCAAAACAUCGUCCUCAAUGGCAAAACUAUUGUCAUGAACGACUGCAUCAUCAGGGGAGACCUGGCUAACGUCAGGGUGGGCCGACACUGUGUGGUGAAGAGCAGGAGCGUCAUUCGACCACCAUUCAAAAAGUUCAGCAAAGGGGUGGCGUUCUUCCCGCUUCACAUCGGAGACCACGUCUUCAUCGAGGAGGACUGCGUGGUCAACGCAGCACAGAUAGGCUCCUACGUCCACAUCGGCAAGAACUGUGUCAUAGGUCGUCGCUGUGUGCUGAAGGACUGCUGCAAGAUCUUAGACAACACGGUGCUCCCUCCGGAGACCGUGGUGCCGCCUUUUACCGUCUUCUCCGGAUGCCCAGGUUUAUUUUCAGGCGAGCUCCCAGAGUGCACGCAGGACCUCAUGAUCGAUGUAACCAAGAGUUAUUACCAGAAGUUCCUGCCGCUCAGCCAGAUCUAAGUCCCGCCUCCAAAACCGUCAGGUGGGAUCCACCCCCUGUCCAGCCAGAAAAAGGACUCUAAGAGCUCUCCUUCUAUCUCCACCUCACAGAGGGCCCGACUUCCUCCGCCCCAAGGACAAACAUGUCGUCCUUUUAAAGAACAUUUGUAUGAUUUUACAGUCGUUUAUAGCUGAAGUCGUCACUAAACCAGAAGCUCGAGGACCUCGGAGGUGAAGACGAGGAGCUAUGGGAGGGGAGAAGAAGAGUGCAGGUGUGUAUGAAGAAAGCGUGCGAUGUACUGCACGACCCCCGUGGACCAAAAGAAAAGCCUCGGCAGUCGCGAUUGAGGAUGUCGGCUGUACGCAUUUUGGAAAACGGAGCUCUUACAUCAGCGAUUUGUGAAAUGUGUUCCGUUUGUUUUAUUCCAUCGUUUUAUUUCUGCAGUUGAACUCGUUUGUUUUCACGGUCGUUCGUCAUAAAACUUAUUUAAUACCG